GAGGGAGGGUCCCCACCCCAAGGCCGAGUGACGCCCGCAGUCACUUCACAAGGCAGAAAUUGUUACCCGGGCAAUAAAAGUCAUCGCGGCUGUAGGGCCUUGGGAGUGGGCACAUGGGGGCACGGGGGUGCAGGUGCCAAGCACCAUGGGUUAGGCCCGAGAUUGGAGUCCGGCCGCCCCCCGACAGCAGCCGCCUCCUGCUCCCCGCGCGCCCCGGGCGCCACCAUGUCGGGCGACAAACUCCUGAGCGAACUUGGCUAUAAGCUGGGUCGCACGAUAGGUGAGGGCAGCUACUCCAAGGUGAAGGUGGCCACCUCCAAGAAGUAUAAAGGGACGGUGGCCAUCAAGGUAGUGGACCGCCGGCGAGCGCCUCCGGACUUCGUCAACAAGUUCCUGCCUCGAGAGCUGUCCAUCCUGCGGGGAGUACGGCACCCGCACAUAGUACACGUCUUCGAGUUUAUCGAAGUGUGCAACGGGAAGCUGUACAUCGUGAUGGAGGCAGCAGCCACCGACCUGCUGCAGGCAGUGCAGCGCAACGGGCGCAUUCCGGGGUCGCAGGCGCGCGAACUCUUCUCGCAGAUCGCGGGCGCCGUGCGCUACCUGCACGACCACCACCUGGUGCAUCGCGACCUCAAGUGCGAAAACGUGCUGCUAAGCCCUGACGAGCGCCGCGUCAAGCUCACGGAUUUCGGUUUCGGCCGUCAGGCGCACGGUUACCCAGACCUGAGCACCACCUACUGCGGCUCGGCCGCGUAUGCGUCACCUGAGGUGCUCCUGGGCAUCCCCUACGACCCCAAGAAAUACGACGUGUGGAGCCUGGGCGUUGUGCUCUACGUCAUGGUCACCGGGUGCAUGCCCUUCGACGACUCGGACAUUGCUGGCCUACCCCGGCGCCAGAAGCGCGGCGUGCUCUACCCUGACGGCCUCGAACUGUCGGAGCGAUGCAAGUCCUUGAUCGCCGAGCUGUUACAGUUCAGCCCGUCCGCCCGGCCCUCGGCGGGCCAGGUGGCGCGCAAUGGCUGGCUGCGGGCCGGGGACUCCGGCUAGGAGCCGGGGUUCUCGCUGUUCCCGCCGCACCAGGCACAGAGCCAGGGCGGCGCACGCGCGAAGGGCGAGCUUCGGGAAACCCGCGAAGUCGCCGCGCGCCACUGCGCACGCGCCCUGUCCCUUCCCCUUCCCCCACGGCGGCGGCCCACAGAGGCCGGCUGUUGGAUUCUGAUUCCUCCCGCACAACCCGAUUGCUGGAGAGCGCAUGCGCAUCCUCGAUUUCUGGCGAGAAGGCCCCGGGAGGGGCGCAAAGAGAAGAGAGAGAAGCAUUGCGCCUGCGCGGAAUGAGCUGUUGCGCGGUGGGUCGCCGCGGUGCAGAGAAACUGCGGGCCGGCCGUGCACGUCAAGUUCUAGGUUGGAACCUGCAAUAAAUUCGCUCUUCCUCGCAAA